CCUCUCCCGAUCUUCUUCUCUCUCUCACUCUCCACACCCAAAAAAAAAAGAGAAGAAAAAACCAUGGCCUCACCAACGCUCGUAACUCCCACCUCACAGCCUAAACCCCUCCCUUCUUUCAAACCCAAGUCUUUCUCCAUCUCCAUCUCCGCCUCCUCCACCCCAACCACAAGUGCCGGAAGUUCUGCAGUUCCAUUCCGCCGCCGGGAAUUCUUAUCCCUCGUGGCCACCGGAAGUGUAUUUCCGGCGCUGAUAUUUCCGAGCAGACCGGCGCUUGCGGGUUCGGACGAUGAGUACGUGAAAGAGACGGAGGAGGUUAUCAGCAAGGUGAGAAGCACCAUCAAUAUGGACAAGAAGGACCCCAAUGUGGCCGCGGCGGUGACGGACCUGAGAGAGAGCUCGAAUUCUUGGGUGGCCAAGUACAGAAGGGAGAAAUCUCUAUUGGGCCGGGUCUCGUUUAGGGACAUGUACUCGGCCCUUAAUGCCGUUUCUGGACAUUACAUUAGUUUCGGCCCAACAGCCCCAAUUCCAGCUAAGCGAAAGGCAAGGAUUUUGGAAGAGGUCGAAACUGCCGAAAAGGCCCUUUUAAGAGGCAGAUGAAAUAUUUCAAGGGAAGCAACUUUUUCUUUUGUGUGCUUCUUUUUUUUCUUUUCCAUUUUUUAAUUUAUAAUAUUUUACUAUGUUUAAAGUUGAACUGUGGAAUUUGAGGUCAUAGGAGGAUAUUUUUACUUGUUGAAUUGCGAGGAUAAAGUAUAUAAGAAAAAUGAACCUCAUUAUAUAUGUAUUUGUGGAAUAAUUUGUGAAUAUUCCUUUUUUGUAAGUUAAGAAAGUAUAUUAGUGUUAUAAUUUGCUAAAUAUUAUGAUGCAUUACUUUGAAAAAUUA